AUGCGUGUUCCCUAUGCUCCAAGUGUGCCUGUAAAUGAAGAAGAUGUUGAAAUCUACCAACGCAUCGCUGAGCGACGCAAGCCCCGUCCUCUCAUCCCCCUCGAUCUCGCCCUACUGCACAGCCCCGCCGUAGCAGACGGCUGGAACAGCUUCAUCGGAGCGAUUCGCACGAAGACCAAUCUAUCUCCCAACCUCAAAGAGCUGGCCAUCAGCCGCAUUGCCGUUCUCAACCAUGCAGUUCACGAAUGGGACAUUCACGCUGCCCUUGCACUCAAAGCAGGCGUCUCCAAGGAGGUGCUACAGACAAUUUUCGAACUACCCGUCACUCGGCACGGGAUGGUAGAGAGGGAGGGAUUGCUGGGAUUUAGCAAGGAGGAGUAUGCGGUCAUGGUUUACACGGAUCAGAUGACUGUUGGAGUGCAGGUUGAAGAGCAGGUUAUGGACAUGGUCAAAGGGGUGCUGAGAGAUGAUAGUUUGGUCGUGGAGUUGACUGCGACGAUUGCGGCGUACAAUGCUGUGAGUAGGUUUUUGGUAGCACUGGAUGUGGGUGAGUGUAAUGGGAGGCGUAUGAAGAAGGUUGAAGAGUUGUGA